AUGGCCCGGAAAAAGAUCCGAGAGUACGACUCCAAGCGCCUCCUGAAAGAGCACCUGAAGCGCCUGGCCGGAAUCGAUCUGACUAUCAACUCUGUCCAGAUCACAUCGGAGACGGAUUUCGCGAAGCUCGCGAACGAGCAGCCAUGGAUGAACAGCACCCGCAUGGUGGUGAAGCCGGACAUGCUCUUCGGCAAGCGAGGCAAGAGCGGCCUGGUGGCUCUCGACCUGGACUUUGCAGGGGUGGAGGCAUUCGUUAAGAGCAAACUCGGCAAGGAGGUGGAGAUGGGACAGUGCAAGGGCCCCAUCACGACGUUCAUAGUGGAGCCGUUCAUCCCGCACAAGGAGGAGUACUACCUCUCCGUCACCUCCAAACGCCUGGGCUGCGACGUGAGCUUCUCCGAGUGCGGCGGCGUCAAUAUCGAGGAGAACUGGGACAAGGUGAAAACCAUCUUUGUGCCCACAGAGUCGGAACUCACAUCAGAGCUCUGUGCGCCGCUCAUUGCCACUCUGCCCCUCGAGGUGCGGGAAAGCAUGGAGAAGUUCAUCAAGGGCGUUUUUGCUGUCCGGGAAAGCAUGGAGAAAUUCAUCAAGGGUGUCUUUGCUGUCUUCAAAGACCUGGACUUCACACUGAUAGAGAUGAACCCCUUCAUUGUGGUCAACGGGGAGCCCUUUCCUCUCGACAUGCGCGGCGAGCUCGACGACACGGCACAGUUCAAACACUUCCAGAAGUGGGGUGACGUGGAGUUUCCUCUCCCCUUUGGCCGCACCAUGUCUCCUUCAGAGGAGAGGAUUCACGAGAUGGAUGAGAAGACGGGGGCCUCGCUCAAGCUCACCAUUCUGAACCCCAAGGGCCGCAUCUGGACCAUGGUGGCAGGCGGAGGAGCUUCAGUCAUCUAUGCCGACACUGUGGGGGACUUGGGCUACGCACAGGAGCUGGGCAACUAUGCUGAGUACAGUGGAGCGCCCAACGAGCAGGAGACACUGCAGUAUGCCCGCAUCUUGAUUGACUGCGCCACAGCCAAUCCUGACGGCCGUCCACGCGCGCUGCUGAUUGGUGGAGGCAUCGCCAACUUCACAGACGUGGCCAAGACGUUUUCCGGCAUCAUCCAGGCUCUCCGAGAAAAGGUAAGUUGUGGGGAUUUGCGGAUGAAAAGGCUUUUGAGGCGACUCAAAAGCAACUUCAAAGACGUGGCCAAGACGUUUCCCGGCAUUAUCCAAGCACUCCGAGAAAAGGUAAGUUGCUAG